CUAACGGAGGCAGGGCAAAAAAGAGAAAUUAAAACGGUAUAAUAGGAAAAAUAAUGGUCAAGCUUCCCGAAUUACAUAAAACUGCAGCUCCCUUCCACAUCAUCUGGGCCCCAUAACCAAGAUUCAUGUCCUCUCUUUCUUCGUCUCUAGGAGAACAGCGCUCCUCACGCAUCUACUCCCUUCCGAAGAUCACUCGUGAGUCUGUUUAGUGACCGGCGAUGCACGAAACGGAGCUCGGCGAUCUGUCAGACGACGCCGAUUACGCUGCCUCUAUGCAACAGGGUUCAGCAGCAAUGACUCGCAAUGAUAGCAGCAAUAGCAGACGCAGUACAUCAAGUGAAACCGAUGGGGCAGAAAUAGUGUACCUGAAGGACAAUGUGACAAUUCAUCCCACACAGUAUGCCUCAGAAAGGAUUAGUGGUAGACUGAAGCUGAUUAAGCAAGGAAACACUCUAUUCAUGACAUGGAUUCCUUAUAAAGGACAGAGCUCAAGUGCGAGGUUACCUGAGAAAGAUAGAAAUCUUUAUACUAUAAAGGCAGUUCCCUUUUCGGGUGUUAGAUCAAUUCGGAGGCACACACCUGCACUUGGAUGGCAAUAUGUAAUCGUAGUUCUAUCAUCAGGAUUGGCUUUUCCUCCACUUUACUUCUACAACGGUGGAGUACGAGAGUUUCUCGCAACAGUCAAGCGGCAUGUUGUUCUUGUGAGGUCUGCUGAAGAUGCCAAUGUAUUUCUUGUCAAUGAUUUUCAGGAUCCUCUCCAGAGAACACUCUCUUCCCUGGAGCUCUCUAGGGCUGUAUCUGUAUCAGGUAGUCCAACUUACUCUGUUGCUGCUAGUGAAUCAUCCAGCGAGAUUGAUGGGGAAGCUUCUGAUAGGAUACCAGCACAUGCUCAACAAAGUGGGAGGUCAAGGCAAAAACAUUACGACCCUGCUCGAGAUCUGUCAAUUAAUGUUUUAGAGAAAUUCUCACUUGUAACUAGAUUUGCCCGUGAAGCAACAUCUCAACUUUUCCAUGAAACUUACAGUGAUAGUUUCAUAUCUAAUGAGAGAAAGAAGAGUGACCUGUCCAGGAUUGAUUAUCCUCCUACCACAUCAGAUGUUGCAGAGAACGUUAUUAGAGCUGUUCCCGUACCUUCAGACCCUGUAGAGAUUGACAAAUUGUCGCUAGUAUGGGGCAAACCGCGGCAGCCUCCCUUGAGGUCAGAAGAGUGGGUCACAUUCUUGGAUUCCGAAGGAAGAGUUUUGGAUCCUGAAGCCUUGAGAAAAAGGAUCUUCUAUGGCGGAGUUGAACCCAGUCUGAGGAAAGAGGUCUGGGCAUUGUUGCUGGGGUAUCAUUCAUAUGAUUCAACUUAUGCAGAAAGGGAAUAUCUUGUUUCAGUUAAAAAGUCUGAAUAUGAAACCAUUAAAAAUCAAUGGAAGAGCAUUUCAAGAGAGCAAGCAAAAAGAUUUACGAAAUUCCGGGAAAGGAAAGGGCUUAUUGAGAAAGAUGUGGUGAGGACUGACCGGGCACUCUCAUUCUAUGACGGGGACGAGAAUCUUAAUGUGAAUCUUUUACAUGACAUACUGCUGACGUACUCGUUCUACAACUUUGAUUUAGGUUAUUGUCAGGGUAUGAGUGAUCUUCUAUCUCCAAUAUUAUAUGUAAUGGGAGAUGAAUCAGAAUCAUUUUGGUGCUUUGUUGUGCUAAUGGAGCGACUUGGGCCCAAUUUUAACCGGGACCAAAAUGGAAUGCAUUCACAGCUUUUUGCACUAUCAAAGUUGGUGGAGUUGUUAGAUAGCCCAUUGCAUAACUACUUUAACCAGAAGGACUGCUUGAAUUACUUCUUCUGCUUUCGCUGGAUACUCAUACAAUUCAAAAGGGAAUUUGAAUUUGAGAAAACAAUGCAGUUGUGGGAGGUUCUAUGGACACAUUACUUAAGCGAGCAUCUUCACCUGUACGUUUGUGCUGCUCUACUGAAACGAUAUCGCAACAAAAUAAUAGGAGAGCAGAUGGAUUUUGACACGCUGUUGAAAUUCAUCAACGAGCUAAGUGGCCACAUUGACCUUGACUCCGCCAUCCGGGAUGCGGAGGCUUUGUGUAUAUGUGCUGGUGAGAACGGAGCAGCUGCCAUCCCACCAGGAACUCCACCUUCCUUGCCCAUCGACGGUGAUGCUUCCAUAUACACUCAACAGGAUGAUGAUGAUGGCGGUGUACUGUAAAUUAGCGGAUUUCUCAUGUUUGGCACUCCUACCCUGACACCACUGCUAAAGGCAUGAUAUGAUACUUUCUUCUCUAGCUAGCUGGACAUUGUACAUCUAUGGAUCCGAAAUAAUUACUAGUAUGCUAAAUUUAGUUUCUUUCUUACGAAAUGACCACUAUAUCCCUUGUAUUCUGGUAAGUAAAUAAUGUGUUUGAAUGCCAUAUUCAGCUUACAGUUCCGUGCGCAUAAUAAUAAAUAGUAUAGAAAUUGUCCUAAC